CAAUAUUUUCGUUCAGAGUUUUGGGAGGCCGAGGAGAGAGGGACCACGUUUAAAUCUCUAGUUCGUCUUGCUUUGUUUCAAUUCUUGAAUUCAUUCACAACAUGAUUGAUUUAUUGGCUUUCUUGAUACCUGAAAAGUAAAGUUCCGGAGAAAGAAACCUUUUUUUUACGGUAAAGAUUGAAACUUGGGCGCUGUGAUUCUGUGUUUUUGGGAAUCUGGGUUAGUGGUUUCCAGAAAUGACUGUUGACGAAAGUAGAGAAAUGGUUGAAAAGGAAAAUUAUUCUGACAAUUUCCCAGUGGGUAUGCGUGUUCUUGCUGUUGAUGAUGACCCAAUUAGCUUGAAGUUGUUGGAAUGUCUGCUUCGGAAAUGCCAGUACCAUGUAACCGUAACAAAUCAAGCGAGAAUGGCACUGGAGAUGUUGAGAGAAAACAAAGACAGGUUUGAUCUGGUGAUCAGUGAUGUCCAUAUGCCUGACAUGGAUGGUUUCAAACUGCUAGAGCUUGUUGGUCUCGAGAUGGACCUUCCUGUAAUCAUGUUGUCGGCAAACAGUGAUACCAGCCUUGUAAUGAAGGGAGUUACUCACGGCGCUUGUGACUACUUGGUGAAGCCUGUGCGGAUCGAGGAGCUUCGAAACGUUUGGCAACACGUAAUCAGGAAAAAGAAGGUUGAUCCCAAACUCCAUAGCAAGUCCGGUGAAGAAGGUAGACCGGGGGACCAAUUAUCGGGUACUGUAGAGCAGAAUGAGAAACUGAAUAAGAGAAGAAAGGAUGAGGAAGAUGGGAGUGUCGACAGAUGUGAGAACGAAGACCCGGGAACGCAGAAAAAGCCCCGUGUCGUUUGGUCUGUAGAACUUCACAGGAAGUUCGUUGAUGUUGUUAACCAGUUGGGCAUCGAAAAAGCUGUUCCCAAGAGGAUUCUUGAUCUGAUGAACGUUGAAGGGCUUACUCGAGAAAAUGUGGCAAGCCAUCUCCAGAAGUAUAGGCUAUACCUGAGAAGGAUCAGUUUGGUUUCAACCCCACAGGACAACAUGGCAACGCCAUAUAUGCGGAUGGGUUCACUCGAUGGGUUUGGAGAUUUGCCAACAUUGGCUGGGCCCGAACAACUUAACCGUGCUACAUUACCAUCAUAUGCCCCGGGCAGCAUGCUUGGUAGGCUAAAUAGCUCUGCCGGUGUAAGCCUUCAAAACGUUAACCCAUUGGGUUUGCUCCAACCGAGCCAUGCCCAAGGUUCUCGUCACUCCCUUGAUCCUCUCGGGAAGUUGAACUCGAAUGCUCCACCCACAAGCCAGAACCCGAGUUUGUUUCUUGGAAUUCCGUCGUUAGAGCUUGAUCAGUUGCGACACGGUAAAUUCACCAAAAUCGAACCGGACCUCAAUCCGUUGGACAACUCGAAGCUUCUCGCAGCUGCUAGUACAUUCACGGGUUCUGGAUCUGGUUUUGGUAACCCAAUCAAUGCUGCAAUCCUUCAAGGGAACUCCGGGUUUGGGAAUCCACAUUCACUCAAUAUGACUUCUUUAAGGCCUGAGCCUUUGAACACCGGUGUUAUUAGCAGCUCUUCAAACUUUCUUGGCCAUGGAGGACUGAAUGGGAAUCUGCAGAAUUCUAUUUUGGCAUCAAAUGUUUAUCCAUUGAUGGAUCAGAAUCAUGUACGAGGGAAUUAUUCUUUCGUUGGCCCUCAUUUGCAGAGCAGCCCUCUUGUUUAUCCAUUAAUGGAAAACUCGAGGGGACAAACACAAUACCAAGAAGGCUUCAUCGGUGAUGCUAUUCAGACUGUGAAUCAGGCACCUACCCAAUUCUGGGGAGAUCAUGAACAGAAUCAUAACUCAAAUAAUGUUUUCAGCAACCCGAGCUCUCAGAUUCUUGGUACUGGAUUAAUGCCUUCCUUAACCCAGAUCGCUGACCAAAAUAACGAUGUGUUCAAUAUGAAAACGAACACAUCUUUGAUUGGUCAAGAAAAUGGAGGCUCUGUGGUUCUCUUUCAGCCCAAUGUGAACGAAAAUUUCAGUCAAGACUCAAGGAUGGGAUCCAAUGGAGACUACAUGUUGAACUCCGCAAAGGCACAGGGCGCUUAUGCUUCUCUGGAUGAUUUAAUGAAUGGAGUAAUCAAUGAGGAACAAAAUGGGCAAUUCGGAUUCAAUGAUUACUCAUUUGGGCCAUGAACCUGACAGGUUCUAUGAUGCAUUCCGGGGGCGUGGUUGUUCUUGAUCCAAGAAGCUGCAACGAUUGGAUAAAGUUUAGGUAGCUGGGAACUGUCAGAUAGUUAUUUAGCCAAUUAAUCAUUCUUAGUCUUUGACUAGUACUGCCUGCCAUAUUAUAAAAGUUUCAAUCCCAAACUCAAGGAAUUUCCUGCUUAUCCAAUGUACAAGCAUUCUUAGACUUUGAUUUCUCCUUUUGUUGCCUUCUUUCUCAAUUUUAUGUACUAUUUUUCUUGCUUCA